ACAAGUACCUCUACCACAUGCGGCUCUCCGAGGAGACCCUCCAGGAGGUGUCCCAGCGUUUUGGGAAGGAGAUGGAGAAGGGGCUGGGGGCAGACACCAACCCUACCGCCAUGGUGAAGAUGCUGCCCACCUUCGUGAGAUCCACCCCGGAUGGGACAGAGGAUGGAGACUUCUUGGCACUGGACCUCGGUGGCACCAAUUUCCGUGUGUUGAGAGUGAAGGUGUCCGACAACGGCCUCCAGAAGGUCGAAAUGGAGAAUCAGAUCUACGCCAUCCCCGAGGAACUCAUGCGAGGCAGUGGGAUGCAGCUCUUUGACCACAUCGCUGAGUGCUUGGCCAACUUCAUGGAGAAGCUGAAAAUCAAAGACAAGAAACUCCCCCUUGGGUUCACCUUCUCCUUCCCGUGUCACCAGACCAAGCUGGAUGAGAGCAUCCUGGUGACGUGGACGAAGGGAUUCAAGUGCAGCAGCGUGGAGGGGAAAGAUGUGGUGUCGCUGCUGCGCAAGUCCAUCAAGAAAAGAGGGGACUUUGACAUUGACAUCGUGGCCGUGGUGAAUGACACCGUUGGGACCAUGAUGACCUGCGGCUACGACGAUCAUAACUGUGAAGUUGGCCUCAUUGUUGGUACCGGCACCAACGCCUGUUACAUGGAGGAGAUGAGGCACAUUGAUCUGGUGGAAGGGGACGAAGGUCGGAUGUGCAUCAACAUGGAGUGGGGAGCCUUUGGUGACGAUGGUGUGCUCAACGACAUCCGGACAGAGUUCGACCAUGAGAUAGACAUGGGCUCGCUCAACCCUGGCAAACAAUUGUUUGAGAAGAUGAUCAGUGGGAUGUACAUGGGAGAGCUGGUCAGACUCAUCCUGGUGAAGAUGGCCAAGGAAGGGCUCUUGUUUGGAGGAAAGCUCACACCAGAUCUUCUCACUACUGGCCACUUUGAGACCAGAUUUGUCUCUGCUAUUGAGAAGGAGAAAGAAGGGCUGCAGAAAGCCCAUGAGAUCCUCACCAAGCUGGGCCUGGAGCCAUCUCAUGAAGACUGUAUAGCUACCCUCCGCAUCUGCCAGAUUGUCUCCACCCGCUCGGCCAACCUGUGCGGGGCCACCCUGGCGGCCGUGCUGCGACGCAUCAAGGAGAACAAGGGGGUGGACCGGCUGCGGUCCACGGUCGGCGUGGAUGGCUCCGUCUACAAGAAGCAUCCUCACUUUGCCCGGCGCCUCCAUAAGACGGUGCGGAAGCUGCUGCCAGACUGCGAGAUCCGCUUCGUGAGGUCAGAAGAUGGAAGCGGCAAAGGGGCAGCCAUGGUGACGGCGGUGGCCUACAGACUGGCUGCCCAGCACAAGGCACGGCAGAAGAUUUUGGAGGCGCUCAAGCUGAGCCAUGACCAGCUCCUGGAGGUGAAGCAAAGGAUGAGGAUAGAGAUUGAGAAAGGGUUGGGCAAGGAGACGCACCAAGAGGCAACGGUGAAAAUGCUGCCCACCUAUGUGUGCUCAACUCCAGAUGGCACAGAAAAAGGAGAUUUCCUCGCCCUGGACUUGGGAGGUACCAAUUUCCGUGUGCUGCUGGUGCGUGUGAGGAACGGGAUGAGGCGUGGUGUCGAGAUGCACAACAAGAUCUACUCCAUCCCAGUGGAGAUCAUGCAGGGGACGGGAGAGGAGCUCUUUGACCACAUUGUCCACUGCAUCUCUGACUUCCUGGAAUACAUGGGAAUGAAGGGUGUAUCACUCCCGCUUGGAUUCACAUUCUCCUUCCCUUGCCAGCAGAACAACCUGGAUGAGGGGAUUCUCCUGAAGUGGACGAAAGGUUUCAAGGCGACCGGCUGCGAAGGAGAAGACGUGGUGAACCUGCUGAAGGAGGCAAUUCACAGGAGAGAGGAAUUUGACCUGGACGUGGUUGCGGUGGUAAAUGACACAGUUGGCACCAUGAUGGCCUGUGGGUAUGAAGAUCCGUACUGUGAAGUUGGGCUCAUAGUCGGCACAGGCAGCAACGCCUGUUACAUGGAGGAGAUGAGGAACGUGGAGCUGGUGGAAGGGGAGGAGGGCAGGAUGUGUGUCAACAUGGAGUGGGGGGCAUUUGGUGACAACGGGUGCUUGGAUGACAUACGGACAGAGUUUGACUUGGCGGUGGAUGAGCUGUCUCUCAACCCUGGGAAGCAAAGGUUUGAGAAGAUGAUCAGUGGGAUGUACCUGGGGGAGAUCGUUCGAAACAUCCUGAUGGAUUUCACCAAGCGGGGCCUGCUCUUCCGGGGACGGAUCUCAGAGAGGCUGAAGACCAGAGGGAUCUUUGAGACCAAGUUCCUGUCCCAGAUAGAAAGCGACUGCCUGGCCCUGCUCCAGGUUCGCUCCAUCCUCCAGCAUCUCGGCCUGGAGAGCACAUGCGAUGACAGCAUCAUCGUGAAGGAGGUGUGCGCGGUGGUGGCCCGGCGGGCAGCUCAGCUCUGCGGGGCCGGCAUGGCAGCCGUGGUGGACAAGAUCCGGGAGAACCGUGGGCUGGACUUCCUCAAGAUCACAGUUGGAGUGGAUGGGACACUCUACAAGCUGCAUCCUCACUUCUCCACCGUCAUGCACGAGACCGUGAAGCAGUUGUCUCCAAAGUGUGAAGUGACCUUUCUCCAGUCGGAAGACGGCAGCGGCAAGGGCGCAGCGCUCAUCACGGCGGUGGCCUGUCGGAUCCGGGAGGCCGGCCAGCGGUAGAAGGAAGGAGGUUUGCCGAAGAGCUUGAUUUCAGCAAAACAGGACGUUUCCCCACCCAGUCCCUCCCUCCCUCCGUACACACACACACACACACACACACGGCCUCCCCUUCCAAGCAGACCCUUAGCUUUACUUGUUCUCUUGGGAUACCACCCGUGGGACUGGAGAUGCUGUGUGCUCGGUAUAAAGAGUUGUCUUAGGAGUUUUAGUGCAUGCCAUAAAACCACCCACCAGUAAAGCUAAAAGUGUCUUUAGGCUGUCUACACUUCCAGUUAGAGCUGGACCUGUCCCACUCGCAGCCUCUGUCAAACACCAGCUCUCCUCCCCACGGCUCCUUAACCACUCUCACAUCUUCCCUGACAGCAGCAAGGAUAAUGCUAGACUAAUUAAGACACUGCAUUGUCACUUUACAGUAACUGGUACCUAUUUAUGUCUGUCGGAGUCGUAGUGCGUCCGUGCUGUAGAAAGCAAACCUCUUUAAGAUUGGGCUAAAGACCUCCAUUAGUCUUUUACCCUGAUCAAGGCUGUAUUAUUUCCAUGAAAGUCAUGGUAACUCUUAAAGCACAGGGUGCAGAAUUCCAACCAGCGUGGUCUGGGUCUGCACUGGGAGAUACCAAGUAUCUCUGUUGGUGAGCAAUAUUAAAGAACCUGCUGGAGCCGAGUUAGAGGGGUCCCUUUACCCGCUCCAGCAGAGCACGUGCCUGGAAAUAAUUGGGGACUCAGGGUCUAAUCCCAUUUCCCGACCUCUCACCCGCACCCUAAACAGAGUGUAGUAGUGUGGCACGUAGGUAUGGUUGUGUUUCACCCCUGGAAACCACUAGCACCCUUCCCUGGGGCGUGCGUGGACGCGGGGUGGUCCCUUCCCCGUCGCUGCGCGCACCGGGGCGGCGCGGCCGUCGGUCUGCACUUGGCGUGGUGAGUUGGGUUUGCUUUUUGUCUGUGAAAUAGUUCCUGCAUCUUCAGCCUUUUAGGUGACACCUGGAUUUGUACACUGUAUAUUUAUGUUUCAAGAGAUCUUACAUCUUUUUAUGUACAUAGUCUUGGGGGGGUUAUAUUGCUUAGUUUUGACUCCACCUUUUAAUGUCACUUAAGAAUGGUAUAGAGUACUUAUUUUCUUUUUUUUUUUUUCUUGUGUUAUUUUUUUAAUUUAAAAUUUUCUUGGGGUAAACUGGAGAAAGAGACCCAAAUUCCUGAGGGCAGUUGUACAAGAGGUUUGGGCAUUCUGAAUUUAUCACCGGAACAAAAGGAAAACCAGGAAGCCAGGGACAGGACUCGUGGGGAGCAGCGGGGUGCCGCAGCAAAACUUCCAGGGUUAGGCUGCUUUGAACCUAAGGAGAGGUUUUAUUUUGCCCUCCCGUGCCCUCCCCAACCUGUUUUGCUCUGGAAAGCCACGUCGCUUCCUACUGGGGUGUGUGGUGACAUAACCCAGGGCUCUGUAGGGACAUGUGGACGGUGUGUAGGGGCUGGCAGCCGGGCACCGGCAGCCUCAGCUCCUUGGAUGAAGUUCACAGCACUAAUCAGUGUCACCUCAUUUCCAUCUGGCAUCCUUGGGGCUGGGGGUGAGCGUUCCCGGGGGGUGUGUGUGCCCAUAGCAUCGCUUUGCACACGUGGGUGAGAAGCAGCCAGUAUUUUUUUGCCAACAGAAAAGCCCGUGGAUGAGCUGAGCGCGGCAGUUCUCUGCCUGAGCCAGCAGAGGCACGUGGAGGAGGGUGGGUACGUUUCUGUAAAUAUUUAGCAGAAGAUAAUGAAAUCCCAGUGAUGUACAAAAGAAAAAAAUAAUUAAUAAUUCCCACGAACAGACCUUCAGUUUGGAGGAUAGAGUUUUUGUCUAUUUUUAUGUAUAUUUUUAUACUGCUUGGGGUAACCGCAUUACCAAAAGUAUCUCUUCUAUGUUGGGGUCAAGUUCAGUAGCACAAUUUUAAAGCAAAAUUACUCUUUGGGCAUUUUAAAUGCUUUUUUUUUUUUUUUUUUUAUAAGCCUCAAGACAAUUAUAACAAAUAAAAUCUGACUGUGUAUAGAAAUGAUGUAAGAAACCAAGUUUAGUGGAAGAUUUAGAGGAUGAUAAAUAAAUUUUUGAAAGAUGAUAGAGAAAUCCUCUCACAUGGUACCAAGCAGUUGUGUGUGAUUCUUUCCUGAGAAGAGCAGCAUCUUGCCUACUGAAAAAUUGUGGUUUUACCUGCUGCCCCACGCAGAAGGUUGCAGUAGUGGCUGCAUUUUCAAACUCUUAUCCAGCUGUACCUCUUUGGAAAUCUAGCGUGUUCAGCAGUUAGUGAGCUAAAUUUUAUACAACUAGUUUUUUGGGGAGAGAGUGGGAAAGAUCAGGACUAUGGGGCAGCCCCACUUUUGUAGCUGGUUCAGGCUCCAGUUCAGCAAAUUGUUGGAGGGGGUGAGGUGAAGGGUGAGAAGGGAAGGUGGGCAGUGAAGUACCUGGUUAGCGAGGCCGGGGGGAGCAGGGGAACCUCACCCCCCCUCCUUUCCUUGCAGCAGAGGAUGGGCUGUGCCUUCACAGCCGCAGGAGCUGUAUUUAGUCACUGAGCACUUUCUCUUCUCCUGGAGGAGAGGAAUUAAAGGCAGCACGAGUUACUUGGAGCUACAGCUGUUUUUGGUCUGUCCCACAGUGUCUGGUCUGGGGGGUGGUGGUGGUGGUAGCAGCAGCUCUGUAGGGCUGGCAAAGCCAGGGAGCCACGUGCCCAAAGUCGAGGAUAGGGAUUGAAAGGUUCUUGUGAGAGGGGAUUUUUGGCUGGGCUCGGUCAGAUGGAUGCCCACCUGGAUAGCCAGCAGGCUCCUGUAAAGCUUUAAAGCUUUUGCUUCCCCUUUGCUUUGAUUCAGAAUGAAGCAGGGUCUGAAAUGCUCCCGGUGAAAAAGGCAAUACUUGAAGCGUUACAAGAGACCUGUGUUAACCUGUGACUGCAGGUAUGGCCCCAGCCCUAAGAAAGGUUUUUAUUCCACACUUUGAGAAGUUGGGGCUCCUUUUUGCCUCAAAGGGGAGGACCAUGGGAGAUGUUUGCUGUAGAGUCUGCUUGUCAUGUCAGUGGGACUGUAACCUCACACCAAAACGUUGCCAUGGGAUGUUAUGUGAAUGUGUUUAACAUGAAGAAGGGAAGAUUAAAUCAUAACUAUUGAUAUGAAGGGAAGAUGAAAUCUAUUCUAUGUAGGAAGAGAUGGACAGACUGAGCAACUUGAUUUGCCCAGUCCGUCUCUUUCUUCCAGUAAGAAGCGCUGCUUUGUGGAUUUAGGAUGGCUUUUGUUUUGUUGGGUUGUUCCCAUUAGGAUGCAUUUUCUUUGCACACUCCUCUGGCCACAGCGGCAGCAGGAGACCAGGUCUUCCACUGUGUCAGCUGCUACGCUGGGGACAUUGACCUUUCCUCCCUGGCAAUUCUCUCCUCAUUGGGUCUUUGGACAGGAUUUUAUUGCUACGGCUUUAUAAAACAAAUAUAUAUAUAUAUACAUAUAUAUACAUACACACACACAAGGAGAAAAUUAUUGAGCCUUGCAAGAGGAAUUUGCCUUUUCUCUUCCUGGAGUGAAAGGCUGGGGGGGGGUAAAGCACCAUGUUCAGCCACCCAGGACGUUUGAGAGAAGCAUCUCUGAGCGUGGGGGAUGCAGAGAUCUUGGCUGGGCAGAGCUGGGAGGUGGUUUGACCCCAGACAGGUCGGUGCCCCCGUCCUGCGCGCUCUCUUAUCAGGCAAUGCAAACGUGCCCGGGGUGUCUGACCCAGAUAAGAGGGUGAAUAGGUCCUGUGCAGGGGAGGGGAGUGGGGACAGGUGUAAGAGACAGUGACAAAAACCACAAGUCCCCACCACAAAGGGUGGCGAGGUACCAGACCGCAACAAAAUACACUGGAAUGGGGGGAGCCUUGGUGCCCCCCAACCUUGCCCCAAUCUCCUCCCCUCCCUCCAGCAGAUAGAGAGUGGAAAAUACCUUCUUUUGACAGAUCAUUUCGCUUGCUCGCGUAGAAAAGCGAUCACUGAAGGCAAAACAGGUGAUUCCUGGUCACAAAGUAAUUUGGAGCGAGUCAAAUUAUUUGCCUGGUGACAUCCCUGACAAGUCUGGAGUCUUUCUGGGCUGAAGCAAAGAAAAUGCAUCUUAAUGCAGGUGUUGGCUCCGCGCGGGGCAGGGGGAGUUAAAUAAAGCCAAAGACUGUUCAGCUGCUAGCAGAAAUGAGUGACUGUAGAUUCACCUGAUGUUGUUAUUUCGUGUUUACAAUAUUUAUUUUUAGUAAUUGACUGCAAUUAUAUUAUAUAUAGGCUUCCUUAUUUUUGUACUUUUCAUACCGUUUUCCUGAGUGUGGUGUUGUACUUCUCAGCUCCCCUUUGCCACAAUUGCUGCUCCUAGUCAGUGACAAAUAAAAGAGAGAAAAAAAAAAAAAAAA